AUUCGAAGGAAAAUUGAAGAAGGAAAAGCGAAAAUAAUAUUCGUGACAUGCACUUAAGGAGCUGGUCUAACAAUUUUUCAUCUAACAAGAUUCAAACAGGUUUUGACUAGUUUGCCCUAAUACUAGUAAAGCAAGUUCUUGCGGAACAAAAUAAAAAUCUUCGAAUGCGAAAUUUUAUGUUCGUCAGUCGUCGCUUGAUAGUAUGAAGACUGUAGAGCGAUGAUAAAAGAAAAAUAAUCUGGGUUUUCGAAUCCUUACUAACCGCUCUUCCUUGGUGUUCGUAGUGGGGCCAGUUAACUCAAAGGUCUACAAAAUCUCUCUUUAUUUGUAACCUACAGCAACUUGGUCAAUCUUUCCUACAUGACAAAAAGGUCGAUUUGUUUUCGCCGCAUCCGUCUAGCGGUUGGCGUUGACUCUCACUGGUCUUGGCUCGUUUGCUUUGCAUCCUUUCUCAUUCAGUUCAUCGUCGUUGGCAUCCAAAACUCUUUCGGAUCGUUUUUCAUAGAGUUUUUGAAUGACUUUCGAGAAGGAGAGUCAUCUACUGCAUGGAUCGGUUCGGUAUCCUUUGGGUUGACCUUUAUGAAUGGACCGCUUGCCACAGCUAUGUGUGCCCGAUGGGGUAGCCGCGUGAUCACGUGCCUUGGAGCAACACUCAUAUGCCUUGGCUUGAUUAUGACAUCACUUGUGACGUCUUUUCCAUGGUUGUACGUUACCUAUGGCAUCCUAUUUGGACUGGGUUCGAGUUUUGCUUACUUUGCGUCCAUCGCUGGACUGACAUCUUUUUUUAAGAAACAUCUGUGCUUUGCUUAUGGUGUCACUCUUGCCGGGUCCGGCGUCGGGACACCAGCAAUGAUCAUAAUUAUGGAAUACCUGAUUGGAAUCUACGGUUGGCGUUCUACAUUCCGCAUAAUAGCAGCGGUCUCUGCAGUGUUAUUUCUCUGCGGACUUACGUACCUACCCGUUGACACCAACAAUACAGAAAAGUCAAACCAGCGAAGCAAGUUUUUCCAAGGUUCCACCUGUGAAGUCAGCAAAGAAUCACCGCUGACGGAUGACGUAAAGAAACCCGUUAGACCGCUGUACGGGAUGCUGAAAAAGCUCUUGGACAUCUUUGACCCAGAACCCUUUAAAGAUUGCGCAUUUGCAAUCUGGGUUGUGGCGUUAGGUUUUUGCAUUUUUGGGUACUUUAUUCCCUUUGUUUUUGUGAUUCGCAUGGCUAAAGACAUCGGGGUGCCUCGAGCACAUAGUACUCUCCUGAUUGUUUACUUAGCCAUUAACCAGACAGUCUUCAAAGUCCUCUUCGGCAAACUUGGCGAUUUUGCCCGAUCAAAACGAAUCAUGAUACUCCAAGGAAUUCUUUUCAUCCAAGCUAUAGCAACAAUGCUCUGUCCAUUGGCUACUAAAUAUGGCUAUUUUAUUCUUGUCAUAUAUGUUGUACUGUUCGGAUUUGCUGAUGGAUGUUGGUCAGUCAUGAUCGGCAUGGGCACAGAACUGAUUGUCGGUAAAGCAAUGAUGCCACGAGCGUUUGGAUGUCUUUAUGGUCUGAUAUCCAUUCCCCUUAUAUUAGGGCCCCCAAUAGCAGGUUUGAUAUUCGACAAAUCUAGAAGCUAUGGCCCCGCUUUCAUUCUUUCGGGAUCGACAUUAAUCAUUGGUAUAUUAUUGAUGUUCGUGGUCCAGCGAAUGAUUGGCAAGAGACUCACUGCCGAGAAAACAGAAAAAGAUGUUGAAGUGACCAGGGCGUCCUCCGAUGAUAUCAAGAUCAUGGUUGACUUUAAUGAGAGGAUAGGUGCCUCUAGCACUCACCUUGACAAACAACAACUAGUGCCCUGGCGUAGACGUGUAUUAGAAGAACCAUACAGUCGACCAUCAAGUCUAGUCAUAUCGCGUCUUUUAGAUGAUGCACAGGCCACCGAUGGAGCUCUUCACUGUCAACUUGCAUGCCAUGAUCAGAUCGCUUUCGUUGGGUACCCUGUCGUUAAGUCAUCAGUACCGAAACAAAUUAGCCAGCAUUUCGGUACUGAUAAGUACACUCCAAAUAUCAUAAGUGGGGACCAAGAGUGUUUGAUUCUGGCCACUCAUAAAGCAAAUGGUAGCAUCAAUUCCGACUCGGGAAGAUCGACGGGUAGCGAAGAAACAGCGAGCUUGAGGUCCGUACGAUCGAGGUUUGGAUCCACUGAUACUGAUCUUGAAUAUGACACCGAAACAGGAAAGGACGCGUUUCCGGAGGUUGUAACAAGUUACAAGACUUCCUGUUCACUGUAUCGUGAGAAAGAAAGUGAUUCCAUUGGGGAUAUAUUUAGCAAACUAAUGGAAAAAGCCCUGGAGAUUGAAAAAAUUUACGUUGACACAAAACCAAAAUGUAGCCGUGCAGAUACUGAACUGUCUAGGAUAACCCAAGCAGAAAGUUCUUUUUCUUGGGAUCGCGUUAUUGGCAGUCGAGAAACGGUCCUAUAACUGAGCAACGUGGCACGCCGCAUUACAUUUGUUUACAAUCUUCUUCAGUCGAGAUCUGUGGUUUGUUCCACAAUGAAGCCGCCGGAUAAUCGUUUGGUAUUUUUCCUGACGCUCGGUUUUGACACUUGAGAAACGGUCCUAUAACUGGGCAACGUGGCACACAGCAUUCGUUUGUUUAGGAUCUCUUUCAGUGGAGACCGGUUUUUUUGCGGUUCCGCCGGAUAAUCGUUUGGUGCCGUCUUCCUGGUGCUCUGCCGGUCUUGACACUCGAGAAAUGGUCCUGUUAAAUCUGAUACUGUAACACAGCAGCUUAUACAACGAAGUUUUGGUUGAGAGCUUCCACUAAGGCAUUCAUUGAUAGAAUAAGAAAUAAAUAAGUGAAAGAAAACUAGGAAUAUACAUAUGCAUAUUUAAUUAAAUAUAUCAGUAAAACAAUGAAGCUAUUUAUAAAUGAAAACAAGCCAAAUCAGUGCGUUAACGGCCGGGUUUACCUUGGAGAGGUUAAACGUGCAUUUUUGGCAGUUUAAUUGUCAUUGCAAGAUCAAAGUAAUAAAAAUAUACUUUUGUGCA